AAAACACGCGAAUCGUACCGGUACGAACACUGAGCACGCACGCACGCACGCAAACUCAAAGGAGUGUGACCACGGAACUGAAGCCAUGGCGGUUACAGUUGAGAAGGGCUCUAUGGGCGAGCCGGCGCUGCUGCUGGAGCGCAGCCGGGCGAUCACCCUGCACGGCCGUGACCGGAAGGGCCGUGCCGUCGUCAGGAUCGUCGGCAACUACUUUCCAGCGCGCGCGCUGGGCGGCCGGGCGGAGGAGGCGCUGCGGUCGUACCUGCGGGAGCGCAUCCUCCCGGAGAUCGGGGACCGCGAGUUCGUGGUCGUGUACAUGCACUCCCGCGUGGAUCGCGGCCACAACUUCCCCGGCGUCGGUGCGAUCCGCGGCGCGUACGAGACGCUGCCGGCCGCGGCCAAGGAGAGGCUGCGCGCCGUCUACUUCGUGCACCCGGCCCUCCAGUCCAGGAUCUUCUUCGCCACCUUCGGGCGCUUCCUCUUCAGCUCAGGGUUGUAUGAGAAGCUGCGAUACAUGAGCCGGCUUGAGUACGUUUGGGCCCACAUAGACAAGGAGCAGCUGGAGGUCCCCGACUGCGUGCGCGAGCACGACGACGAGCUGGAGCGCCGCCCGCUGAUGGACUACGGCAUCGAGGCGACGGAGACCCGCUGCAUGUAUGACGCCGCGUCCAUGGACACCUCGGCGUCCCUGCACUCGCUCCGCUGCGUCUCCUAGUCGCCUGGACAGUGGCAUCCCGAUUCCCGCCGGUACGGCGUGCUUUCUGUGUUCUGGUUGGUAGGAGGUAGCUGCAUGGCUUCAUAGCGCUUCGGUACUGUAGUUUAGCUGUGUAUUUAUAAUGGAUAAAAUUUGGAGUACCGAGAUGGCUUCUG